AUGGCACAAAUAAAAAUUGUUUGUGGUCAUUGCAUAUUUGAUAAAAACAAAUGGCUAUUUGGUGUUGAGAAAGGAACGAAAAAGUACAAGGUUAAUGAGCAGAUUUACGACGUCGAACUGAGCUACAUGUAUUCGAAAAAGGUUUUGGUGACGUUGCCACAAAACACACCGCCUGUGGAAAUUAAUAAUCAGAGGCAAUUUACUGGAUUUUUGGAACAGCUAAAAACGGAAGUGAUGCAAGUAUGUCUCGAACUUAAGGAACGAUUUUUGGAAGAAGACGAAGUUGCAAGUGAUGAUGAAGACGAAGGCUCCAUAUUUGAUUAUUGUGAUGAUGUAGAUGAUGAAGACGAAGGCUCCAUAUUUGCCUUUUUUGUAGAGUAG